CCAAAAACCAAAAUCAAAAAACCCCCAAACACAUACUUUAAACCCAAAAAUCAAUUACAUCUUCAAAUCCCCAAAACUAAUUACACGAUUAAAAACCCUAAAAACACCCAAUUUUUUUUAAUUAGCCCUAAUUCCCACUUUAUCACAUUUCGUCAAGAAGAUGAUGAGGUGGGAAAAACUGGAAAUACAGAAAGGUGGGCCAGGGAAGAGGUGGGGCCACACUUGCAACGCCGUACGCGGUGGUCAACUGCUUUAUAUCUUCGGUGGUUAUGGUGAAGAUAACACGCAGACUAAUAAAGUUCAUGUCUUUGAUACUUCUACAAGGAUUUGGAGUGAACCUGAUAUGCAAGGCACGCUGCCCGUGCCUAGAGAUAGCCACAGUUGCACCACUGUUGGAGAUAAGUUGUUUGUAUUCGGGGGCACAGAUGGAAAUGUACCUCUUAAAGAUUUGCAUAUCCUGGACACCUCUACAAAUACAUGGAUGACACCAUUUGUAAGAGGGGAGGGCCCAGAAGCACGAGAAGGACACAGUGCUGCGGUUAUUGGCAAAAGACUCUUUAUUUUUGGAGGCUGUGGGAAGUCAUCUGGUACCCCUGUUGAGGAAUACUUUGAUGAUUUAUACAUACUAAAUACAGAGACAAUGGUGUGGAAACGAGUGGGAACUACUGGAAUUCCACCUGGAAAACGUAAUAGCCAUACUUGUGUUUCAUGGAAAAACAAAAUUAUUGUGAUCGGUGGUGAAGAUACUCAGAACUAUUAUCUGUCUGACGUCCAGAUGCUUGAUUCAGAUACGCUUACCUGGACAAAAUUGGUAACCAAUGGUGAACUGUUGCCACCUAGAGCUGGUCAUACAACCAUUGCGCUGGGCAAUUACUUGUUUGUCUUUGGAGGUUUUACUGAUGCCGAAGACCUGUAUGAUGACUUAUACAUGUUUGACCUUGAAACUUUUAAGUGGACCAAGGUUGUAACGCUAGGAGUGGGGCCAUCUGCCAGAUUUUCGAUGGCAGGGAGCACUUUACAUCCACAGCAUGGCGGUUCUCUUAUAUUCAUUGGUGGUUGCAAUAAGAGUCUUGAGGCACUUGAUGACAUGUUCUACCUGUACACAGGGCUUGUUAUUGAAAAUGAGCGAGAUGAAAGAAAGCUUGAGAAGUUGUCUUUGAGGAAGCAGUUAAGACUAAAAAGCCAAGAGCAGCAAUCUGGGAAUCCUAUGUAUGAUACUCCAAUGAUCAGCUUGGAGACAUCUCAUAAUAGACCCAUGACCAUUCCAAGUCAUAUGCAGUUUUCAUCGAAUACACCAAAUACCUAUUCACAUGAAUAUCAUAAUGCACAUGGGAAGAGAAUGUUUCAAGCAAAAGUGACUAAAAACAUCACAAAUUGCUAUACGAUCGAGACGGUUAUAGAUGGAAAGCCUCUACGUGGAGUUUUGUUCUCAAACAACAUAGGCUCUAACAAGCCAGCUGCUGAUGAUUUAAGAAGGAAAAGAGUUGCAGUUGAUACUAGAAGUCCUGAACACCAGACUCCAGGCACCACCUCUGCUGCUUCAGACAUGAAGACUCCGGCAGCUUCUAAUGUGUCUCCGUCCCAUGAGGUUUCCGGAGGCAGAAAGUCAUCUUUGGAAUUUAACAGGACGAAUACAUCAACUGCAGCUGAUGAUACUGCCAACUCGAUUCCGAACUAUGAUGGUCAAUCUCAACCCUUGACUGGUGAAGAACAUGGUCUGUUUAGUUCUCCAACACAGCAAGUAUGAUUCUUUUGCAGAAAUUGACCAAAUCUUGUUUAUAAGGUGAUCACUAGAGUUUCUGAAGAGUCAUGAUCAGUAAAUAAACACCGAAGUCCUUAAUCUGCUUGCAGUCUCCGUGUUUGACUUCUCUGGGUUUUUUUAGUCAUUUGAGGCAAAUGGGCAGUGAACUGAACCCUAACCGACGAGGAGGCACGGAUUCGGUAUGCAUCUUAACAUACAAAAAAUGUAGGACGGCAGUCUAGACUUGUAUUUUCUAGCCAAGUCUGUUACCAUAGGUCCCCUAUUUAUCCUGUUACCUAACUAACAGUUGUUAAGUCUUUCUUCAUUGAGCCCAUAUCUUUUGCCUUGGUUCCUUGGCUGUUAUUAAUUUAAUCACCAAAAUCGCUACGGAUAUGAGUUUUUAUUUUCUUCUUCCUGAUGUAAGCAAACGGUGAAUGGUGUUAACAGUUGGUUAUGGAAUAUCUUGAUGCCAUGCCAUUUACUCAUGGAUAUGAAUUUGUGCCUAUAUAUAUAUAUGUAUAUGUAUAUAUAUUACCGAAACAAAAGAAGAUGAGAUGGUAAAUUGCAAUUCUUGACGAAUAUAUUGCAAGUCUGAAGUCACUAAGUACCAAGAAAUGGAAAGGAGGGGGCUUGUUUAUGCCGUAAUCAGGGAUUACAUUGACAUCAAACACCACAUCUUAUAUUCUUGAAUUCAUGUUAUCAUUUGCUAUUACUAUUACCAAAUAGGUAUCCCAAAGAAGAUCCACUACCUGGUGGCGCAUGAACUUUGGUGGAAGCCUGAAAGGUCGAUCCUGCACAUGAUUGAUUAUCAAAAUGGGUAAACACCCAGAAACACAGUACAAACCAACACCACAAAACAUAAAGUGAAACUGAAUAAUAGAUUACCGUCACGAAGUUGCUAGUGUUCUGACCCUCAGCUCGAAAAUAGUUGUUGGUCACUUGGUCUGGCUACCUUUGUCCCUGCAGGCCCGCAGGUGUUUAUUAACUAUAUUUUUAGUGAUGAUUUCUAUUCAAAUUCAAUUGUACUUGUAAAGUUGUUAUACCUUUUGUAAAUUGUUUUGGGCUUGUAGGAUAACAAAUUACAUAUAUGCUCUCAUGUGGUCAAAUUCAUUGUUACCUUGUCAAAAUCAA